GCUCCUCCAUAACGCGUGAUUCAAACCUUAACAAUAGAAACGAAGAGAGCCCAUCUCUCUUCUCUCUCUCAGGUCUCCCCAUUUCAAUCUCAGAAACAAAAUUCAUAAUGGGUCCCUGUCUAAAAUCCCUCACUUUCUUCCUUGUUCUCACUGCUUUCUUCCCGUUUUCCGCCCCAUCCCAGCCGUCCAUCUAUGACCAUCUCCGCCAAAACGGCCUCCCAAUAGGCCUUCUACCUAAGGGCAUUACCGAAUUUUCACUCGAUCCUACUACUGGCCACUUCCAGAUAAACCUAACCCAACCUUGCAAUGCCAAAUUCGAGAACCAGUUUCACUACGAUUUCAAUAUUUCUGGGCUUUUGUCCUAUGGAAAGAUCGGUGAGUUAUCCGGUGUAUCGCAGCAGGAGCUUUUCCUUUGGUUUCAAGUUAAGGGUAUACGCGUCGAUGUCCCUAGCUCUGGUUUGAUAUACUUUGAUGUUGGAGUUGUGGACAAGCAAUUCUCGUUAUCCUUGUUUGAGAACCCUCUCGACUGCACUGCUUCUGAUCCUAGUGAUGAGCAUACUGAUUCUAGGGGAUCGGAUGACCCUAAGAUUCAGCCAGGAAAGCUUGAAUUAGAAAAUGGGGCACAGGACUUGAGGGCUGCAGCUGCUUCAUAGAUUGUGGAAGCAUUUAUACUUCUAGAGGUUAAGCUGUCACCUUUGGGUUCUUAUUCCUUCCAAAAGACACUGUUGGGAGAAGGCUUGUCAGAUCCUAUGUUUUCUGUACGUGUGUUUUUUUGCUAUCCUGUACAGAUUUUUUGGCUUGAUACUUCUAUCUCUGCAUUGAGAAGUAUAACAGUUUUGGCCCAAAGAAGAGGAGAAAUAACAGAAAUAAGCAUUGGAUCUUAUUUUUCAUGGAUAUGAUAGUGAGAUGAGGUGGCCUUAGUUUUGCCUGGUAACUUUGCUAGAGAUUUAUACUGUUUGUUGUUGUCAUUACUGCUAUACAUACAGAUGUAUGAGCGUGUUGCAAUUGUGUUGUUGUAAAUGGAGAGUAUUGUUUGUUUGUAGAUUGUUAUCAUUAGUGUCAGUCCUAUAUAAACAAUUAUUAUGGUAAGCUAAACUACCAAUAAAUUAUAUCUUUAUGUA